AUGGAUAGAAUUCAACCAUUCGUUAGGGAUCACCUUUUAUCACGAAGUUUUGACGAUCCUGACCGACUUUUCCGCGAUAAAAGAGUGCAAGAAACGCUUCUUUUAUUACCAACGGAUGGAGGUCUUGCUUCAAGACUGAAAAAACGGAAAAGCGGCACCUCGCUACUGCAUAGACAAGCUAACCAAGUACCUAAACAUGCCAAUUAUCGGAAAAUUAAUCAAAACUCAAAGAAAGCUCUUUCCGAGUAUAUAAAUUCCAGUCGUAAGGCAACUAGCGACGCUGAAAAAAUCGCUAAUGAGAGGAAUCUACAUAGCAAGGAAACGGUUAACGAGUAUUUGAAAGAGCAUCAUGCGUACGUGUACAACAAAUUACCCCACUAUUCGAUUUUUUCACAAAUGUAUCAGGAACUAUGGGUUAAUUACAUGCGCGAGACGUUAGGCAUUCCUGCAAGAAUGACGUCUGCAUCACAACUUAGCAUCAAUGGCGCCAAUUCUCUGUUAAAAUUGUCCAUGGCCGAUUACAACGGUGCCAAGCUUAACGUCACGAAAAGCUCAAAUCCAAAUUUGGUUGGUAUAGAGGGUAUCGUUGUGUGGGACGCCCAGCAAAGCUUCAUUUUGAUAACAGAGGGUACUCUGGUAGAUAAAAUUAAAUGCAUACCGAAAAAGGGCACCGUAUUCACCUUUGAAGUACCAAUCAAUGAAGACGAAGCGCUGCAAUACUCAAUUCUUGGCGAUAGAUUCAAAUAUCGUAGUAGCGACAGAGCCGGCAGAAAAUUCAAAAGUCGUCGUUGCGACGAUCUGUUGUAUUAUCUACAGUUGUGA